AGUCCCACCUUUUUGUGUUUCCCGCACCGUCAAUCAAAAUAGAAAAAAAUCGACCCGAAUUCACCGAUCAACACUAGCCCGCCUUUGAUAAAAUAAUCAUGUUUGGAGUUUAGUUGAUCAGAUAAUCCUCCCGGUUACUACCAUUCACGCUAUGACUGGUACGUAAACAUUUAGCGCAUCGAAGCGUCCAACUAAUCGCGCCAGAGCAGCCUCUGAAACAAGGAGAAAUGGCGUCCGCGGACGUGGACAGCAGUCAAAGCGAGUUUCUGCAACCCGGCGGCGCAGCGGAAACACAGACAACAGACAUGUCUGCCAUUCAGCUGACGGGUUCAGACCGAUGGGAGGUUUUAACUCCCGUCUCAACUGGGAAGGAAGAUAACGGAGUCGUUCACAUUCCAAACUCGGGAAUUGUCACGUCCAACGGGCAGUACGUGCUACCGCUUGGGAGUCUCCCCAGCCAGCCCAUUUACGUUACAGCAUCUGGUAAUGAUGUUGGAGCCAACGGAGUGUCAGGCAUUCAGUAUCAGGUUAUCCCCCAAAUCCAAAAUGCAGAUGGGACACUUGCAGGAUUCUCAACACAGGGGCUGGAUGAUGGCACGGGGCAGAUCCAGCUUCUCCAAGAUGGCAGCCACGGUAGCAUUGGAAUCAGCUGUGCCACCACAACGACCACUGACCUCCUGACGCAGGCGGGCCAUGUACAGUCAAUCCAAGGCGUCCCGCUGGGUGGGGGGUCAUACACCAGCACAGUAGGGCUACCCGGCAACAUAACGUUCGUCCCCAUAAACAGUUUGGAUCUGGAGUCUCUAGGCCUGACUGGAGCGCAGACGGUCCCCAUCGCAACAGGGGUAACGGCCGAAGGUCAGCUCAUCAUGAGCGGUCAGACGCUGGAGAGUCAGGGACAGGACGCUGGUGCCAAACAGUCGCUGGUGACGGUUAGCGACGGCAGCGGCAACCAAGAACUCUACGUGCCAACCACCACUUCCUCCUCCAACGUCUCCCAUCUCCCCGAGACCAUCGACGGCACCGGGGUUCUGACCCAGGCAACCGCCGUGUCCGCAGGCGUGUCCGACCCCUCAUCCUCAGCAAACUACAACUCCCACAACCACCUUCAGCAAAUCCAGGUCUCAUCUUCCAACGCCACCACUAUCUCGCAGCCCAUCCUGCAGCUGUCUGGGGACACUCAGGCCCAGGUAGCCCAGGUGGCUCAGGGCCAGGACCUGAAUGCAGCAGGUCAGACUCUACAGAGUGUGCAGCUGGUCAACCCGGGGACUUUCCUCAUCCAGGCCCAAACCGUCACCGCUACUGGACAGAUCCAAUGGCAGACCUUCCAGGUUCAGGGUGUCCAGUCACUCCAGGGGCUCCAGUUGCCCCAGGGGCAGGGGCAGGCCCAGCAGCUCACCUUAGCCCCGGUUCAGACCCUCCCUCUGGGUCAGACAGGCCAGGUCAGCCUGCCCAACCUCCAGACAGUCACAGUGAACUCUGUAACACAAUCUGGAAUUCAGUACACGCAAGGGGAGGAUGCAAACAGUCCAGCUGGUAUCCAGAUAAAGGAGGAGCCAGACUCUGAGGAGUGGCAGAUGAGCGGAGACUCAACGCUGAACCCCAACGACCUGAACAACCUGCGUGUUCAGAUAGGUGACGAGGACAUGGAGACGCCGAGCGGGGAGGGCAAGAGGCUCCGCAGAGUAGCCUGCACCUGCCCCAACUGCAAAGAGUCUGGUGGAAGAGGCUCUGGCAUGGGGAAGAAGAAGCAGCAUAUCUGCCACAUCGCCGGCUGCGGGAAGGUUUACGGGAAAACGUCUCAUCUGCGAGCUCACCUGCGCUGGCACAGCGGAGAGAGGCCAUUCGUCUGCAACUGGAUGUUCUGCGGGAAGAGGUUCACCAGGAGCGACGAGCUGCAGAGACACAGGAGGACACACACAGGAGAGAAGAAGUUCGUGUGCACGGAGUGCUCCAAGAGGUUCAUGCGGAGCGACCACCUGGCCAAGCACAUAAAGACUCACCAGAAUAAAAAAGGCGUUCCCGCCACGUCUCCGCCCACCACCGACGCCGUCAUCACCACCGACGGAACCACGCUCAUCCUCCAGACCGCCACCCACGACCUCGUAGGCAAUCAGGAGAUCCCUUUACAGCUGGUCACUGUGGCGCCCGGAGAGGUCAUGGAAUGAGUGGGUGAACGGGGUGAGGUGGUUUUAUGAGAACUGGCCUAUCACAGGGACCUCUUGGGCUUUUCUCUUUUCCCUCUUACCUUUUAUUUUUUGUUUGUUUUUUACAUAUGAAUAUAUACGUAAAUAUAUAUGACAAAUAUAUAUAUUUUAAGUAAGAGUUAACAUGACUUUAUGUUUGUUUUUUGCAGUCUUUUUAUAGGCGGGCAAAAAGAAUAACAUUAAAAUGUGGUUGCUAUGUACACACGUAAACACACACACAGACACACACGCACACACACACACACACAGACAAGAAAACACGUAUUAACACUCAACAUGUGACAUGAAUACUCGACACAAUGAAAUGCCUUAUUUUGUAUCAUACUCUUGUAUAAAAUGCUGGAGGUGCAUGUUUUUUUAAGCUUUGCAGAUGUAACGGAGAUAAAUGUGUUUGAAAUUGAGAUGAUGAUGAUGAUGAUGAUGAUGAGUAGGAGGAGUGAAGGAAGUCGCGAACCUCUCUGGUAUGAUUGAAUUUUUUUUUUUUGUCUCUGGAGAGUUCUGACAAAACCGAGCGGUCUGUUUGAAGCAGCACUGCAUCCUCGCCCCGACUGACGCUUUUGUUUUUAAAGGGAAAGUUCAUCAAUUUUAGGAAAAACUGUUAAUUCGCUUUCUUGACGAAAAUUAGGUGAAACCACAGUGGUGUUGAGAAAGAAAAUAAGCAUUUUUUCCCCCCUGAAAAUGUCAAACUGUUCCUUUUUAUUAAAUCCACAGCAGCUGUCGCCCCGAUCGCUGACACCCAAUAGGACUACGAGGCCGACGUCAUGCUGUGCUGCUUCAAGCCGAGCCGGCGGUUCAGCUGGUGGUCAGAGUAGGGCGACAGUGCCACUGUUAACUGAUCUCAAGUUGGUGUUUUCCGCCUCGACGGGGAAAAAAAUAGAUGCAAGCCGCUCUUUUAAAAAAAAAAAAGAAAAAAAAAGGGCAACUUCUUCCAGCAUCUGGUCAGUCUGAACAGAAUGUUUCAUCUGUCCUCACAAGCACGCCGUCCGCUGUGCUUGUCCACGUCAACACGUUAAUUUUUGUUCUUGUUUUUUUUUUUUUUUGUUGUUGUUGUUGCUGCAUAUUUCGUUGUAAAUUCACAUUGUAUUAUUUCAGUUUUUCUGUGUCUCUCUGCCAAUCCGAGUGUCGACUUAAAUCGAAGCCACAUAAUGGUGAUCGUAAAAAAAAAAAAAAAAGAAGAGUGGUUACCUCUGAAAUCCUUCAUCGUCACUGUCAGCUGCACAUGAUCACAGGAGGAAGAAAAAACACGCAGCGAUCGUCGUGCCAUGUGAAGAAGAAAAAAACGAGAUGCAAGAAAUCAGUGAGCCCUCGAGGGUGUUUUUGUCAUCGAACAUUCCAGUUGGAUACCAGAUGAUGUGGGAUGAGUUUUGCAAUAACUGCUCUGUUGGUAAUUCUGGCCAGAUGUCACUCGAGUUAAAAGGAAAACAAUCAUUUUGUUUUUUUUUGUUAAUUUUUAAUUUUAAUUAAUGUAAUCCCUUCCUCAGUUUGUCCUCAUGUUUGUAGCAUUCAUUUUACAUGUAUAUUAUCUUAUUUUCACAUUGUUUAUAGAAAGCCAUUACUUAGUUAACUGAAUUUGUUGUAUCAAAACCUUAUUUUAAGUGAUUUUUUUAAAGAAUUGGUGUAAAAAUUGAAUGUUACCUUUUGUAAAACCUUUUUUCAAAUGGAUCACAAUAAAAGUCUGAAACCUUCCA